AUGCCUCAGCAUGACUGCUUCUGUGCGAUAUGUAGUGCUUCAGUCUGGUGCGCUACGAUCCGUCAACGCAAAGCAGAAGGGGAUAAAAGCCCCGAACUCAAAGAGGAUGAUGAAUCUGAGAGGGGUUAUGAUCCAGAGAUCGUAAGCAAGGAAGAUGUCGACUGGAUAGAAAAAUUGCAUAUCCUCGGUUUCAACUCGCAAGCACCCGGCGUAAGUAAGUAAGUAUCGCAGGGCCAAAUUCAAAUUGAACCAUAUUAACUCGUUUGCUAGGGCAUUUGUGUCGGGUUGGGUGUGGUGGGAUAUUUAUUUUGAUACAAUUAAGGUCACAGAAAGCGGUGAUCCAAACUUCCCAGAUGAUUACGUAGAUGAACGAGGAUUUCGUUGAUAUGUUAGUUAUGACAAUGACCCCGAGGAUAUUGUUUUCCCUUUUCACUGGUCCUGUUACAAAUUGUUCGCCAGAUGUUUGACUAGAUCUACCAUCGAGGACGAGGACGUGUUCGAUAAUAUUGACAAGGACCUUCUGUAUAAAAGUAAGUCCUAUCUGAGUUUAUUUCUCCCUCCCAACGCAUUCCGUGGAGGUUGAGUUACCUCUUCCUUUCUGGACGUUUCUUAGUCCUUUGGAUUUUUCUCUCCAUACAGUGUGGACAUAAUCUUCUUUGGAAAAACUGACAAGCAAGUCGUCAGUCAUGUCGAAGUUAUGCAAUUGUUACCCAGGGCCCUUUGAAAUUGAAUUAUGGCGAACCAGCUCCUACAAUUGAUGGUUUCGAGGACGCAUUUUCAGGACAGGAGCUUUUUGUCGUCUUUCCAUUGAGCACACCUACUCUCCAAAGUGCUAUUGAGGCUAUAGUCGAAAGCAACAAUUUCACUAUUCCACGUUCUAGCGAUAAUAUUGGAUUAUGUGUCAAGCAGGAUGACUUUUCAAAGCUUCCUUCAGAGCUCAUCCACAAGAUUGUGGAUAUGCUCCCUGCAGAGCCUCUACUCAUGCUUUCAAGAGCUUCUUGGACCGUAACCUGUGUUCUCAGAAACAACGAAUGCUUUUGGAUGCAAAGAAUUAGAUGCGACUUGCUGUGGUUUUUUGAGUUGCAAUACCUACUAGACUCUCCUGAUACCUUCCAAGGAAAAGAUUUGAAAGGGAUGUUCCUUUGGGCACAUGAAACAAGUAGAUCAAGGAUUUGGAUGAAGAGCCCUUUUCUGGGUCUUGCAAACCGACGACGAAUCUGGGGCGUUCGUGAGCAGCUAAAGGAGGAAUAUCUUUCUGAGCUUAAGCAGAUCAAAGAUGGACUAGAGCCCAAUUGCGUCAAGAUUACGAUUCAGGAGAGAUCUGCGUGUGUGCACUCUCCUGUGGUUUGCUCUCCUAUUCCAGAGAGAAAAAAAGGGAGCGCAGUCUGUUGGGUUCAUUCAUGGGAGGAUGUAUUCAUAAAACCAAAGGUUCUGGAAAUAUUCUGGUCAUCCGAAGGCUCGUUGGUGGGGUUAUCUUUAGCUCCUGAGAAUGAAAGACGCUUGUUUGGAACGGACGACAAAACCAAAGGAGUGUUUAAAGAGUUCAUAGAAGUUGAGAGCGGGGUUUGGAUCACAGGGUUUGUUCUUCACAUACCGGUGUUUGAAGACAAGCACUUCUGGAACGAACGUGAGAUGAGGAAAAAGGUAACCUCUAUUAGAGGAUUGACUGUGAGCCAUCGUUUUCCCUUUCACCUUAGAUUUAAAUUGGACUAAUACGUACUCUAGGUCAUUAAUAAUACUGGAAAGUCCUCCUGCUUUGGAUCUACACAACAGGGUCAUGCAAGACUCCCUUUACUGGGCGCAAGCUCCCAUUUUAUAAAUGGAAUCAGUGGUCAGAUGAGCGUGCGUAUCAUCCUUGUUUUCAUUUCAUAA